AUGUCGAAGACGAAGGCAUUCCAAGGCGUGAACGUGUUCAUGUCGCGAAACCUCGUGCCGCCAGAAGUCUUCGACGCGCUGCACGACGCCGUCAAAGAUAACGGCGCCCAACUCCACCUCUGCUGCGACCCCUCCCGUAACGGCCCCAACGAUUACCACAUCAUUGCUUCCAGCAAACACGAGAAGUUCGAUGACCUCAAAUCCAAGGGCUGCAAAUUGCUCGGUCCUAGAUGUGUUCUUUCGUGUGCCAAAGGAGGAAGGUCUCUGCCUAAACAGGGCUUCACUUGUUGCCUUGCCAUGGACGGCGUCAAAGUACUUGCAUCUGGCUUUGAUAUGGAGGAGAAGGUUAAGAUAGAAGAGUUAGUGGCUGAAAUGGGAGGAGUCCUACACACUAAAACAUCAUUGGAUUUGAACUUUGUCAUUGUGAAAAAUGUAUUAGCUGCAAAGUACAAGGUUCCUUAUCAGCUUAUGCAUUCUAUUCUAUCUUCCAUCUUGUUGUCAUCCCCUCCCUACAUGGAUAAAUGUUCCACACAAGCAAAACGGGGAAUUGUAUACAGUUGUGCAUGUUAA